CGGGAUGUUGACGCUGCGGGAAGAGCGCGCGCGUGAGUGUGUGAGUGAUCCAAAACAUUUCCGAGUAACGCAACACGCAGAAAGUGAUCCAACAAGUUUACAGCUGUGCAGGAAGUGACGGAAAGAAAGAUGGAGCACUCCAAACAGAGCAGGUACGGCUCCCCGGACCGGAAGGACGCCGCCGCCGCCGGCUCCGUCAUCAACGGGCACUUUGACGGGCUGGUGAGGCGGGUGAGCGGCGCUCCGCAGGCGGCGGAGCCCGGCGCGCGCAGGGCCGCCUCCGCGGUGAUGGAGAGCUGGAAGGAGGAGCGGACCAGGAGCGUGGAGGACAACGAGAUGAGCCUGCCGUCCCUGGCCGCCGCCUACACCACCAUCCUGCGGGGGCUGGGGGAGGACCCGCAGCGCCAGGGGCUCCUCAAGACCCCGUGGAGGGCCGCCACCGCCAUGCAGUUCUUCACCAAGGGCUACCAGGAGAAGAUCAUCGACGUGUUGAAUGACGCCAUCUUCGAUGAAGACCACGACGAGAUGGUGAUUGUCAAAGACAUCGAUAUGUUCUCCAUGUGUGAACACCACCUGGUGCCCAUCUUCGGCAGGGUCCACAUUGGUUACCUCCCCAACAAGAGAGUUCUGGGCCUCAGCAAGCUGGCCAGGAUUGUUGAAAUCUACAGCCGCAGACUACAAGUCCAGGAGAGGCUGACCAAACAGAUUGCCGUGGCGAUCACAGAGGCCCUUCAACCCACCGGCGUUGGAGUGGUGGUGGAGGCAACGCACAUGUGCAUGGUGAUGCGCGGUGUCCAGAAGAUGAACAGUAAGACGGUCACCAGCACCAUGUUGGGAGUUUUCAGGGAAGAUCCAAAAACCCGUGACGAGUUCCUGACUCUGAUCCGGAGCUGAGGAGGACCGAGAUGCUCGUCUUCCUCCUCCUGUGGCCUGGGUUUACCUUUACCUGCACAGACCAGCUGUUAGUGUGUGUGAGUGUGAGUGUGUGUGUGUACAGGAGUGAGUGUGUUUUCAUCAGUUUCUUGCAUUGACCGGACUGAGCGGCACUUUGCCUCAGUGACUUUCCACUAGCUGACACACCGGCUUUUGAUCAGAACCCCAGACCCCGCCCCCCUUUAGUUUGUCUGCAUGAAUUAAGAGGUAAUAUCAAGAGUUGGCCUCAAAACUCUGAGUUUAUACAGAGAAUUAACCCUAAAAACAAAUAUAUCAAAGGUUAAAGUACAUUGAAGUUAGUUUUCCUUUAAUGGCUCCAAUUCAAUUGGUGCUUCCAUUGACGGCCAUUCCCCGUUCACCUGUGCUAGAUUGGUUUGUAAACGAACUACCUGCAGUUUUGAUUUUACUGAGCUACAACCAUGUUUUGGCCAAAACAUUCCAGUUAUCUCCCGUGACCAUGAACAUUCGCUAUUGUAGAGAGAACUCUUGGUCUUGCAGAGGAACUCUGGAUCAGUUCGUUCAGUGUGAAAGCAGCUGGACUUUCCACAAACCAAAGAGAGGAAACCACGUGGUGGGAAGACCGGAAAACAGCCACUGGGUCAAUCUGAACCGGUCAACGUGGUUCAGUAAGGAGCUGUCAAAGGAACAGUCAGAGGAGCUGUCAGAGGAACAGUCAGAUGAGCUGUCAGAGAAACAGUCAGAGGAGCUGUCAGAGGAACGGUCAGAGGAGCUGUCAAAGGAACAGUCAGAGGAGCUGUCAGAGGAACAGUCAGAGGAGCUGUCAGAGGAACAGUCAGAGGAGCUGUCAGAGGAACGGUCAGAGGAGCUGUCAGAGGAACGGUCAGAGGAACAGUCAGAGGAGCUGUCAAAGGAACAGACAGAGGGAGGGGUCAGGUUGAUCUGUAUUUUUGCUUGUUUGAACCAAGUCCUGGAGCCCGUGUCAGAGAGUAAGCAACACCAAGUUCCUGUUCCUGAUUAGAUGACCAGUUCUCCAAUGAUCGUCUCAUUCUUCACUAAAAGUCUGUCUUGUUGUCGCUCAUAACACUAAGCCUUAGUCACACCUGUCCUUACAGGUGAAUGUGGGCUGUCUGCAGGUGAAAGAUGCUCACACCUGUACGGGACAUGCAGGUGACCUGCAGGAACUAUCAGGGUCGUAGACCGCUCAGCGAACCUGCAGAGAGAAAAUGUUCAUGUACAUUUUUCCUAUGGGCGUGCUGCGGGUCAUAGUGAACACAUACACAUCAGGGUGAAGUACGUGAGAUGCAGGAAUGUCGUACAGAUGUUUCAUUCUUUGAUAAGUGAGCACUCCUGACGUUCAGUCCGACUGUUGGAAGUGAGGAAUUAAGACGAUCAGAGUGGAGUUUGUGUGCACAUCAUAUGGUUGUUCUACGUGCACUUACAUAUCUCGUGCACACAUGCAGCAUUUGUGCACGCUCAGUUAGGAGCCAGCACUCACUAACGACUAGAGUGAGGUGUAAGGACGCCGUACAACAGCAUCACCUGUACGUCAUGAGUGCAUGGAACUUUCAUUAUCCUUACAAAUACUUCACAACACACUUACACACAUGACAAUGGUAUGUUCCACUUGAAAGAUGUUUCCCCUAAGAUGCAGCUGCUCCGUAUACGGACAGAACCUGAACAGAGUCAUGGUUCAUCCAAGGCACAAAAUCAUUUUGCCUUAUUGGGAAGGUUUGGACGAACCAGGACUAUCAUAAUCUGAAUUAUUUUUAUUUUUGUUUGUUUUGAUAUUUCUUUAUGGUGUAGUGCCCACAGAUGCUGUUUAAAAUCUUCAUGAAAAGUGAGUUUAGUUAAAACACUAACAAAAUUAACUCUUGAAGAGUUUAUCUCCAAAUCAUUUUAACAAUCAAAAAGUGACCAUUUUUACUCUUAAAAACAAACAUAUUUUUUGUACCUUAUAUUAAGUGUAACAGAGCAGUCAGAUAGUGUGUUAUUGCUUUGUUGUCUCGAGGGGUCAAUAGGCAGUCUGUGAUUGGUCGAUGGGAAGUUUUUCCAGCAAACUUUGUUGUUCAUGUUUGCCUCUUUUGUCCGUGUCCAACAAACAAAAAAAAGCUCCAGGUCAGUAAAUACCACCACAAUUCAAGCAGAGCAUGAACUCUCACUUUGUGAGAAAAUUCAAGCCUAAAGGUUCGUUCACACCAAUUCUGUGGCCCGCCCCUUUUUCACAGCGCCGCGAAUUCGCUGCUCGCCGCUCAAUUCAAGCUGUAACCAGAAUCUAAAUGUUUACAUUGAGUGACUGCAAACGGACUGGUUUGUGUUGUGAGACAGCUGGUGGGCACUGACAGCUCAUACCGCAGAGCAGCAUCCGUUUCUUCCAAAACCCUUCUAAAAACAAGAAAAGCAAACCCAUGAGCUGUUGGGUUCUUUGACCCUCUUCCAGCCCCCCAAACCUUUUCUAGGCCCUUCAAUGGGAGCGGAUGCUGACAUCCACCCAGAGAGGCCCUCACCUCACAUCACCAUCAGAAAGAAAGUACUGAAAGAUUUUCUAAGGAUGGAUUAACAAUGCAGGAAUCUGGGAGGUAAAGAGAAAAAAAAAUCUCCAAUCUGAACGUAAAGGAAAGUGCUAGUGCUGGUUAAUAUACGACAUCUUUAACAAAUUUCAGAGUUAAGAUGAUCCCGCCUCUGAUCACGUCUUUGUUUACAUUAUUUCCGUACGUUGUGAUGGUAAAUCUAAAGAGAAUAAAAUUAUGAUAUAUUUUAUGGAUGACAUACGAAUACUGUUUGUACUCUUGUUUUUCAAAUGCGACUAUUUCUGGGCAAAAUUGUUUUCAUUUCUCAGACAGAAAGUAUCGGUCGAUCUCCUCAGAUCUAAUGAUAAAACACACUUUAUGUAACAGAUGAAUCUGUCUUUCUGAACUGGCAGUCAUGUGACACCCCCCCAGCCUCCUGGCCUGCAGAGGGCGCUACACCUGUAAUAAAACUUCUAUGAAUAUCAGGUGAAAACUAUGAAUAAAUCCAUUCUUAGGUAGAAAGAAGAUUUUAAAGUAAAAGUUUGACAUCAUUUAAUACAUUAGAUUAUUUAAUUAGGAGAUGCUAACAAGCUAACAAGUUAACAUUGCAGUGGAAGAAUGAAUUUGAGUUUCGUCUUUGUGAAUUGUCUUUUAAAAAGCUGCUGCCUACAUUUUUAAUUGUUAACACAACAAUUCCAGCAGAUUCUGAAGGAGAAAAGCGGCUCACGUGCUUUUCUCCUUCAGAAUCUGCUGGAAUUGUUGUCAAUGGUUGAAAAAUUACAGUUUGUUAAAGAUUUUAUGUUCAAGUGUCACCGACGACGCCUCAGGUGUUAAAGGGUUAAUAAAUUAAAAUCAAAAUUUCACAUCUAAAAAUAAAAAACCCACCUCAAUGUUGAUUGUGCCAAUUUGACCAUAAAAACAAAAGGAAUUGUAAAGCUCGCCAACACCAGCUUGUUGGCGAGCUUUCGUCAGAGCUUUGUUCCAUCAGAUGGCUGUUGUGAUUUUGUGUGUUUGCAUUUUCUGUGCAUCAAAGUUUCCUGUGUAUCAUGGUGUGUGUGUUUACUGAAGGAUGUGUGCUAACAGUGCUAAUGUUGUUUUUUUGUGGCCUUGUUGUGACGGACGGCCUCUUUGGUGCCGUCUCCACCCCUGUACUUUUCGUACCGUGUUCCAUGGAAGACCUUUACAUCAAAGGUAUUAAAUUUUUAUGUGACAACUGUG